CGUCACUAGAUGACGUCAUCCGCGUGCGACAAAACGACAGCGCUUUCUUUGGUAGCAUGUUGUGCUAACCUACUGUUCGAAAGAGCAGAUUUGUUUAGUUUAAAGUAUUUUCUGUUGGAAAGAAGAUUAAAAUGUCUUUAUAUGACGAUUUGGGAGUCGCAACCAGCGACACAAAAACAGAAGGAUGGUCGAAAAACUUUAAACUGCUUCAGUCUCAGCUGAAAGUGAAGAAAGCUGCACUUACACAAGCAAAGACUCAGAGGACGAGGCAGUCUAAUGUUUUGGCACCAGUUAUUGAUCUGAAGAGAGGAGGUACAGCAGAUGACAGACAGAUCUCUGAUACACCUCCACACAUCGCUGCUGGAAUGAAGGACUCUGUAUCAGGUGGAUUUUCCUCUGGUGAUGUGCUGAUCCCUUUGGCUGAUGAGUACGAUCCUAUGUUCCCUAAUGAUUAUGAGAAAGUAAUGAAGAGACAUCGCGAGGAACGCCAGAAGCAGAGAGAACAGGAGCGACAGAAAGAGAUCGAGGAGAGAGAGAAGAAACGUAAAGAAAGGCAUGAAGGAGGUGGUGGUGGAGCCCCCAGUGGAUUUUCACGUUUCCCGACAGAGGGCGAUUCGGAUGAGGAUGAAGAGUAUGAAAAAGAAAAGAGGAAGAGGAGUAUGACUGGAGCUGCCAUCGCCCCUCCCUCAUCCCUGAUGGAGCGAGACUCAUCGUUUACGUAUGAGGAUGAUGGUCGUCAACGGACGAAAGCAGCGAUACCGCCACCUGUGUUUGAGGAUUCUGACAGACCUCGAUCUCCCCCAGGACCAACCAAUUCAUUUUUGGCCAAUAUGGGUGGUACAGUGGCGCAUAAAAUCAUGCAGAAGUAUGGAUUCCGGGAAGGGCAGGGCCUGGGGAAACAUGAGCAAGGUUUGAGCACAGCGCUCUCAGUGGAAAAAACCAGCAAGCGAGGGGGCAAGAUUAUUAUUGGAGACUCAACAGAAAAGAAGUCAGAAUCAAGUCAGAAUGUGGUUGAUCCACACGGCUCUAAUUCAGGGGCAUCAGCGGAUGCCUCAAAGAAGAACGAAGCCAACCCUCUAACAGAGAUACUCAAAUGUCCUACGAAAGUGGUGUUGCUGCGUAACAUGGUUGGAAGAGGAGAGGUGGAUGAAGAUCUGGAAGGCGAGACUAAAGAAGAGUGUGAGAAAUAUGGCAAAGUUGUCAAGUGUGUCAUCUUUGAGAUCUCCGGUGUGCCCGACGAAGAUGCCGUCCGCAUUUUCCUGGAGUUUGAGCGGGUCGAGUCGGCCAUUAAAGCUGUUGUGGAUCUGAAUGGGAGGUACUUUGGAGGUCGGGUGGUGAAGGCCUGCUUUUAUAACUUGGAUAGGUUCCGUGUUUUAGAUUUAGGUGAUCAAGUGUGAGUUAGAAAUUCAGACCAACACUACCAGGAAAGAAACAUCAGGAGGAAACUGUCUGUAUAUAGCACGAAUAAUUUUAUACACCCUUGUUAAACAUUCUUAUGUACCUUGACCCAUGAUAUGCAUUUGUAAUACGGAUUUCUUUUGUUGGUCUCCAUGCAGAUCUUUAGUGAAUUGAUUUGUUUCUCAUGUUGUUUAAUAGUAGCUCAACUUAUCCUUGUGAAUAUGAUGUACUGUGAUGAAAGAAGCCCAAAAUAUAACAUGCUUUUAGGAGUUGAA